CAAAAUUCGGAGCUCAUAUCAGGGCGUGCCAAGAAGUCCAACGCACCGUAAGUUUUUCCCUUUAAAAAUUCAUCCAGCCACCCGUGUUUUGUGUAUCAAUUGAUUCUGUGACUAAUUGGUGACUGAUUUCACGUGGAAUUUCCGCCGCAGUCCUGGAAGAUCAGUCACAAUGCGCAAAACUGAUUAUAUCGAUUCCGUCAACAGCUUAAAUAUGAAGCGACGCACGUUGGCGGGAAGUUGUGGUGUGGGUGUUUUUGUCGUUGGCCUUGUGGCGGUCGUGAUCGCCUUCUCGACGCCCAGCUGGAUUGUCAGUGACUACAGGAUCACGGGCGCGAAGUUGGAUCGCCUGGGAUUGUGGGUGCACUGCUUCAGAUCCCUCCCGGACGUCAAUGAUGACUACCAGAGGAGAUUCUUCGUGGGCUGCCGCUGGGUCUACGAUCCCUUUACCACGGGCUACGACGAGAUCCGCGGAUUCCUCCUGCCAGCCUUCAUGAUCAUCACACAGUUCUUCUUCACACUCUGCAUGAUUGGCGUCCUUGUGGGACUAGUCUUGGUGCUGCUCUUCUUCUUGUGCGCCGGACCAGAUCAGCGACGCUUCGUCUUGCUGAUAAAGAUUAUCAGCUGGUUGCUUCUGGGAACUGGCAUUUGUGGCUGCAUCGCCGUCAUCACGUUUGCCUGCUUCGGGAACAGGGACAGGUGGAUGCCAGAGCAUGCAAAUAACUUCUUUGGAUGGUCAUUUGGCUUAGCUGUAGCUGGAUCAGUCACAGUCCUGAUUGCCGCAUCCCUCUUCUUCACAGAGGCCACAAUUCAGGCAAAAAAGAGGAAACAGUUGAAGGAAUCUCAAGCAAGAUUUGAAUUGGAGCACGAGACAAAGGCGUAGAGUGUAUUUUCCUCUCUUUACAAUUCAAACUUUAGAUACAUUUCAUUUUAGUAGGUGACCAAUGAUUUUUCCAGGGAAUAGACAAAGAAGAGGAAGGAGAAAACCUCAAGAAUCUCACAAAAUGAACGACGAAUUACCAUGAGUUUAGACAGAUUUGUGCCACAAGACAUCAAUUCACAAUGUUUAUGUUCUCGUUAGUGAGAAUUGUGAGACAAUCAUCUUGCAAUUGACCCACAUUCUGAAUGCACAAUUCUUCUCAAAAUUGAUUUUUCCCAUUCACGCGCGUAUUUCAUUUUCUUUCCAUAUUAAUCACUCUAUGACAAACCACAAAUCAACGUGACGCUUCCAAAUCUUUGACCCUAUUUUGCGAGAGAGAGAAACGAAUCCGUCCAUUUUAUCUAAAACUAUUUUAUAAGGGCUAUUCUAUUUUAUACAAUAGAUUAUAUUGAGAAAUAUAGUUGUAAAUAUGUAUAAGGAUAAGAACAGACCACUGACAUAUAGCGUAAAAAAACAAAUUAAUUGUAACUAUUCCCAAAUGUUUUGGGUCUAAGAAGCUGCCUUGUGUAAGAUUGUAAGACAAAGCAUGAAAAAUUUUAUAUAAAGACAAUUUUGUAAGUAAA